AUGCAUCUCUAUCUGCGCGAGCAUCCAGUGCGAACUCUGUUGCUGACGACGAGCAGCGAAGACGAGCGACGAGGAUGUCCCAGAAGAGCUCUGAUUUUCCGUGCAGAGGGCUCAAAAGCUGCGAGCCAGGCAACGGUGGAAUUCGUGCCCAAAGACGAGGCCGACUUCUCGAACAUCAUACGCCUCACAGCGAGACAAGUUCAAGGAUGUUUGGGACUCAUCAACAUUGAAAAUGAGAUCUUUCUGGCGGUGGUCACGCAGGCGAUAUCUAUAGGAAACAUACGACCCACCGCUGAAAAACCAGAGGAAGUCAACCGCAUCCAAGAGGUUGCGUUCUUUGGGUUGAACACGUCAAGAUAUGACGACCUUAGCGCCGCAGAAGGCGCCCUUCCCAGCCCAGUCCAUCUAGAAAGUUCAGAAGUACUCGGUAGAGAGUCUCAGUACGGCUAUUCGCAAGCACAACCAUCGAUAUACGAGCAUCCAGCAACAGCCAUCGUGAGCCUGUUCACUAGCGGCACAUUUUACUAUACCCCAGCACCCGUAUGGGACAUUUCCUCAAGACUCUCUCAGAGGAUACACAAAAAGGGCGAUACUGGAGACUCGUUUGCAAGCUUCGAUGGCCGCUUCGUCUGGAAUGAGUAUAUCGUAAAGUCAUUGUUGACGUUUCGAGAACGACUGGAUGCUGCAGAGAGGGAUGAGCUGGAUCGCUGUCAGUUCAUUCUGCUCGCCAUCCAAGGAUAUGUGGGGACGUAUACCGUCACUCUACCCCACCGUCCCAGUGACCCGAAUCCAAUCGUUGCGACAAUCUCCCUGAUCUCCAGAUUGGGAUGGAAACGAGCGGGCACGCGAUUCAAUACCAGAGGCGUAGACGACGAUGGCAAUGUAGCAAAUUCGGUCGAGACAGAAACCAUCUUUAGCACCGACGCAACGUGCAUGUCGUACGUUCAAAUCCGAGGGAGCGUACCGCUAUUUUGGGAGCAACAAGGACUCCAAACCUUUCGACCUACAGUUCAAAUCACUCGUUCUCAAGCCGCCUCACAACCUGCAUUUGAUCGGCACUUUGAGCAAUUGGCAGAAGAGUACCAUGCUAUUCAUGCCAUCAAUCUACUAGGCUCUCGGGAGAAUGAGGCAACUUUGACAGAUGCCUAUGCAGCUCACCUUCGCUCUCUGAGAGCCACAGGUGGGAUAGACGUUGAGAUUACACACUACGACUUUCACGAUCAGGUCAGGAAGUAUGGCCAUGAUAGCGUCACCGAAAUACGCCGUGUCGCAUCUAUUCGAGCCAGUCGAGAAAAGUUUGGCAUCACUACCGUCGACUCUAAUGGAGACGCGAUCAUCACCGAACAAACUGGUGUCUUUAGAACGAACUGUCUUGACUGUCUGGACCGUACAAACUUUGUAGAGGACAUUCUAUCAAGAACGGCACUAGAGGACUACUUUAUGCAACUUCGUCCUGAAUGGAAGCAAUCAGCGGCGUUGUGGAAUUGCCAUCGCGAACUCUGGGCAGAAAACGGAGACGCUCUAUCAAAGAUAUACGCUGGAACUGGAGCCCUCAAUACAAGUUUUACAAGAACGGGAAAACGGACACUCGCCGGUGUACUUGCGGAUGCGACGAAGAGCGUUUCACGAGCUUACAUUAACAACUUUCAGGACAAAGCGAAACAGGUGGCGAUAGACUGUUUCCUGGGUAAUCUAGCUGGUCAGAAACCGGUUUCUAUUUUCGAUCCUAUACAUGACUCUGUGCGCCUGGCUCUACAUGAGAGACUCUCGGAAUACUCAACGAUGCGUUAUAUUACCAUCUUUGUGGGUACUUGGAAUCUCAACGGCAGGAAUCCCUGCUUCCCUGGCUAUUUCCCAAGGCGGCCUCACUCGAGCAAGUUCUAUCCCAAAUAUGAAGGAAUAAUUACAUCUUUCAAUAGGCCAGACAUAUUUGUCAUCGGGUUCCAAGAGAUUGUCCCAUUGACCGCACAGCAAAUCCUACAAACUGAUCCCGAGCAAAAAAGAAGGUGGGAGUAUAUCUUGAUGGAAACACUCGCGCGGCGUCCAGAGAAACGAGCAGACUACACGAUUCUGCGGAGCGAGCAACUUGUUGGGACUGCUCUAAUCGUUAUUGUCAAGUCUGACAGUACAAGCAAUAUCAGAAAGGUGGAAGCCGCAACACGCAAGACGGGUUUAAGAGGAAUCUCUGGCAAUAAGGGGGCUGUUGGAAUUCGACUCGACUAUCACGACACCAGCUUUUGCUUCCUCACCGCGCAUUUGGCUGCUGGACAUACCAACGUAGAUGAGAGAAACAGCGACUAUCGAACGAUUGUCGGCGGUCUGCACUUUCAAAAGGGAAAGACAAUCGGAAGCCAUGAGAAUGUUAUCUGGGCCGCUGAUACCAACUAUCGAAUCGACCUAGAGAACGACGUCGUUCGAGCGCUUGCUACCAACGACGAAAUCGACAUGCUAGUAGCAGCCGACCAGCUCGGUGCGGCGAUGAACUCUGGGGCAGCUUUUGUAGGAUAUGAAGAAGGACCCAUACUAUUUCGACCUACCUAUCGAUACAACCUCAACUCUGACGAAUACGAUACGAGCGAGAAGAUGCGGAUACCCGCUUGGACGGACCGUAUCCUGUACAGAGGCAAUAAUCUAGACCUGGAGAAGUACUCAAGGGCAGAGUUGAAAAGCUCUGACCAUCGACCAGUCUAUGCGCUUUUCCGCGCCGAGGUGCGGAUCAUAGAUCAUGCAAAGAAAGCGGCUCUUCAAAAGCAACUGCUCAAAACCAUCACGGCAACGGGAGUUGGCGAAAAGCUUGAUGAGAAGCUCACUUCGAUACACCUACAUGCUCCUGAUAUCUCAGACCUGCCACCACCGAGCUCUGGUGCCGCAGAUGACUGGUGGAACGGUGCAGGUCAUCCCAAUGGAGUAUUUCACCCUUCGACUUACGACAUGGACGACACCCAGCGAGCGCAUACGAACCCCUUUGAUUCACGAUCAUCCUCGCUACAUUCUUCUCCAUCCACCUCCGAUGACGAGCUCUACCAAAAGGCAAUAUCGGCCAACGCAGCGCCACGAAAGCAGCCGAAGAAGCCCCCUCCUCCACCUAACCGAGCUACAAAACCAUCGAACGCGGCCGAGUUCUCGUAG